CCCAGGCUAGCUCCGCCUCUUCCGCGUUCUCGGCGGAGACAUCUGCAGGUGGGGGUGCGCGCGGCCGCUUCGGCAGGGAGUUGGCUGAGAUGAGGAAAGAACUUGAUCAAGAUUGUGUAAGGACAGACAUUGGAGGAGAUAGAUUUAGAAGUGAAACAUCAUGACUCUGGUCGAUCCAGUCUGCUACAUUGUUAAGAUUUUCUUGCCAGAUAUGAUGAAACAGAGGCAGACGGAGAACUGAAGAACGUCAGCUGUGUGCAGAGGCUGUCGAAACCCUUCCUGUAGCUAGAAGACACCAACGCUGCACAGGAAUAUUAUUUAAUUUGGAAUUUUGAGUUUAAGAGGUUCACUUCUCAAAAACUGAGCAGACUUGUAGGGCAGAAUGGAAGAGUUCAUAGAGCAUUUCUGCUGAAUACCAGAGGCCAGUGGCUGUCUCAAGGAAAAGCACUUGUGGAAUUAAAUAAGCCACUAUUUCUGUUUGUUAUCGAAGACUGUUGGUUGUUGAAGCUGGAAAGUAGACAGGGACCAGAAAUGGGCAGCAGCGAGCCCCUUCCCAUCGCAGAUGGUGACAAGAGGAAGAAGAAGAAGCGGAAGGCCCGGGCCACUGACUCCUUGCCAGGAAAGUUUGAAGAUAUGUACAAGUUGACCUCCGAAUUGCUUGGAGAGGGAGCCUAUGCCAAAGUUCAAGGUGCCGUGAGCCUGCAGAAUGGCAAAGAGUAUGCUGUCAAAAUCAUUGAAAAGCAAGCAGGGCACAGUCGGAGUAGGGUGUUUCGAGAGGUGGAGACGCUCUAUCAGUGUCAAGGAAACAAGAACAUUUUGGAGCUGAUCGAGUUCUUUGAAGAUGACACAAGGUUUUACCUGGUCUUUGAGAAAUUGCAAGGAGGCUCCAUCCUAGCCCACAUCCAGAAGCAGAAGCACUUCAAUGAGCGAGAAGCCAGCCGAGUGGUGCGGGAUGUCGCUGCAGCCCUGGACUUCCUGCAUACCAAAGGCAUUGCUCACCGUGAUCUGAAGCCAGAAAAUAUAUUGUGUGAAUCUCCAGAAAAGGUAUCUCCAGUGAAAAUCUGUGACUUCGACUUGGGCAGUGGAGUGAAACUAAACAACUCCUGUACCCCAAUAACCACACCAGAGCUAACCACGCCGUGCGGCUCUGCAGAGUACAUGGCCCCCGAAGUGGUGGAGGUCUUCACGGAGGAGGCCACCUUCUAUGACAAGCGCUGUGACCUGUGGAGCCUGGGAGUGGUCCUGUACAUCAUGCUGAGUGGCUACCCCCCCUUCGUAGGUCACUGCGGGGCUGACUGUGGCUGGGACCGGGGAGAGGUCUGCAGGGUGUGCCAGAACAAGCUGUUUGAGAGCAUCCAGGAAGGCAAGUACGAGUUUCCCGAUAAGGACUGGGCGCACAUCUCCAGUGAGGCCAAAGACCUCAUCUCCAAGCUCCUGGUUCGAGACGCCAAACAGAGACUCAGUGCCGCCCAAGUUCUGCAGCACCCGUGGGUGCAGGGGCAAGCUCCAGAAAGGGGACUUCCCACGCCGCAAGUCCUCCAGAGGAACAGCAGCACAAUGGACCUGACGCUCUUUGCAGCCGAGGCCAUCGCACUUAACCGCCAGCUGUCCCAGCACGAGGAGAACGAACUGGGCUGCGAGCCGGAGGCACUGGCUGAAGGUCUCUGCUCUGUGAAGCUCUCCCCUCCCUCCAAGUCACGCCUGGCCCGCCGGCGGGCCCUGGCCCAGGCCAGCCGCAGCGAAGACACGGAAGACACGGGACUGACACCCACAGGCCUCUGAGCUGCUCCAGUCACACCCUGUAGGCCCUAGGCCUGACCAGGCCAUGCCCCUGGAAACUUGCAAUGGGACCCCCCCAAUUGUGCUCCAGUCAGGACUUUUCAUCUACAAAGGCCCUGAGGUUCUCACCCAACCCCCAUUUCCCCAAGGUCCUUGAGGAAAAAGCUUUUUUCCAAAGGGGUUGUCUUUGCAAAGGAAAGCAGUCACUUGUCACUUUGCAUAAUCGCCUGCGGCAGGGACAUCUCUUUGCUGGGCUCCACCUGCUCACCGCCUGCAGAUCCACGAUCAGCCAGCACCGCUGCUGCCUCCUCCUCCAGGGAGCCUGCUUUGAGAAGUGUCAGCUGACAGAGGCUGCCAACACGUGCCUCUUCCCUCUCUGCACUGUCACCCUCCUCUGUCGGUCUCCACCUCCCUCUGUCCUCUGGAUGUCCUCUCCCUUGGCUAAGCAAAGCUGUCCCCUCAAUUCAGGAGAGGGCAGGGAGCGCUCCUCAUUCAGGAGCCAGAUCUGCCUUCCAGUCGAUAGCACAGAGAAGCACAUAAUCUUUCCUUGCCGUGACCGAGCUGUGUCCUUCAUUUAUCACCCUCUUCCUUGUUUGUGAUUGCUGCUAAAGUCAGUGUUUUGUUUUAAAAUGUUUGUUUUUUAAUCAUGCUUUUCCAGCUAGGGGAUGGUAAAGCUCACUGCAGGCCCACGGACAUCCUGGAGCACCUACCAGCUGGGCUGGCUCGCUCUUUCCAGGUGUCCUGCGUUUGCAUUUUAAUCAGCUAUUCCCUCUCAUUCUAACUGGUUUUUAAGCUGUUACUAUAAUGAACAAUCUUAGAGACAGUCUCCAUGGCUCUGCUGCUGCUGUGUCGCUCAAGUCUGAUAUGGAGGGUGGCACAGAGCUGGGACAGUUCACUGGAGCUCCCUGCCUGCGUUGAAGCCAGAUCGGAGAGAGCGCAGCUGCCCUGGUCCGAGCAGUGCGGUCUGGCCAUUGCCGCAGAAGCCGAGCGACUGAGUUACGUGGAGAGAAUGGAUUUGCAGAUGUCAGGCGGACAUUUAUACAAUACAACCAUGCUGUUAUACGAUGCGCUUAUUUUAAUAAAACUGUUUUCAGUCAUA